GCCACUGAAGUUUGCUGUUGUGCGUAUCCGGAACCAUUAACGAGGGAAGACUUUCAUUGACGGACGCUUGUGUGAAGAUGUCGGACGUACCAGAUAAUGCUCCUGAACAUUGUCCAGGUACAACAAGUGAGCAAGCAGGAAAGUCAUCAUCAUGUCAGGGCUGCCCCAACCAGAAGAUGUGUGCUUCUGGAGCCACCAAGGCCCCUGACCCUGCUAUAGCAGAGAUAGGAGUGAAGUUGUCAACAGUCGCACACAAGAUCCUUGUGUUAUCUGGAAAAGGAGGAGUUGGGAAGAGCACAUUCAGUGCCCAUCUGGCCCACGCCCUGGCAAGUGACAGCACAAAGGAGGUUGCCCUGCUGGAUGUAGAUAUCUGUGGUCCAUCCAUUCCAAGGAUCAUGGGCUUGGAGGGAGAGCAAGUUCACCAGAGUGGCUCAGGCUGGUCUCCUGUGUAUGUGGAUGACAACCUGGCAGUCAUGUCUAUUGGUUUCCUGCUGAGCAGCCCUGAUGAUGCUGUGAUCUGGAGAGGACCCAAGAAGAAUGGGAUGAUUAAGCAGUUUUUGAGAGAUGUGGACUGGGGGGAGCUGGAUUACCUGAUUGUGGACACGCCCCCUGGCACCUCUGACGAGCACCUCUCUAUAGUCCAGUAUCUAAGCUCCACCCACGUUGAUGGAGCUGUCAUCAUUACCACACCACAGGAGGUAUCGUUGCAGGAUGUGCGAAAGGAGAUUAGAUUUUGUCAGAAGGUCAAGCUGCCAAUCAUCGGAGUGGUGGAGAACAUGAGCGGUUUCGUCUGUCCAAAAUGCAAGAACACAUCACAAAUCUUCCCUCCCACCAGCGGAGGCGCUGAGCGAAUGUGUGCGGAUCUGAAUCUGCCUCUGUUAGGAAAGAUACCUCUAGACCCUCGGAUCGCACGUAGCUGCGACGAGGGCAGAUCUUUCCUCAACGUAGUACCUGACUCUCCUGCUGCUAAAGUGUACCAGAGCAUUGUGCAGAGUAUCCAGGACUACUGUUCCAACCGUGUGACAGAGGAGCAGAGCACUAACUGAAGACCCUCUGAUGGCGGCCAUACUGAACCACAGCACUAGAUAGAUAUGAAUAUGAUAUGGUAGAUAUGAAACACGCAUAGGAAAGCCCAUAACAUCAGUAUUGCUACGUUUAUUAAAGCUACAACAUAAUUGUAAUUCAUGACAGGCAGCGACGUUGGUUUUAGUUUGGUGAGGUGGCCAAAAUAAGCACUUCGGUCCAUUCUUCAUUUUCGAUUCUUGCAUUACAAGUUGUUCCUACUGAAGAUGUAAAUCUGUGAAAACAGGUUACAAAUAUAGAAUUUAAAUUUCAAGGUGGAAUAAAUGAUUUUCCUAAAACAGCUGGGCACUGUAGUUGUUACUAAACAUAACUCUUAACAGGAGAAAGUAGUAUAUUUGUUGGGGAGUCUUUUCAGCUGCGGAUUAAUACACAUUUCCUCAAGUGAGUAUUUACAGCAGCAGAAUAGUGUUUAUGGGAUUGACUCAAAAUAACCUACAGUGCCCACGUUAAUGGGUAAUAGUAAAGGAACAUGUCACCCAGUUUAACGGUGUUGCUUCUUGAUGUGUUGUUAAUAGCAAACAGCAAAAUAGAAAACAAAGCUCUAUGGCACAGAGGGAGAAGAUAUAUUAACCCUGGGUUACACGGAGAGUGAUUAAUCGUGGAAUCAAUUCAUUGUCUGUUUUUGUCUUUUUAUGGGAUUCAUUGACAAUAAGAGAAAUAUAGAAUAUCACCAGACUUAUCUUUAUGUAAGUUAAAGUGCAGGCGGGGGACCAGUGCAGUGUCAGAGGCUCAAUUUGGCACAAUCAUACAUAUAAACUAUGUCAGUUCCAUUGUAAGGUGAUACUGCCAAAUACUGUCACUACUGUUAAUACAUGGUAUUUGGGGAAGUUAAAGCUUUGAUCAUGUACUAGUUCAAGCAGUGGAGACGUUUAACCAUUUCGCACAAGGAUGUUUUUCGGCUAUCAAUCCGCUGGCCCUCAUUGACCCUGGUUGCAGUGAAUCAGUAGUAAGCAGGAAGAGAGUCAAAUGUGGCACCAAUAACUGGGGAUUGAACCCAUGUAGGUUAACCACUGAGCACACAUUUGAUUUUGCUCUGUCGUUGAUUGUAAUCAUUCCACCUUUCAAAUCAGCAGAGUUUUAUAGAGAGAUGUUAACCUUCCAUCUAAAGUUAAGUUUACAUCACAUUUACGUCACGAUUUGAGCAACUCUUCCUCAUAUAGAAUAAAUACACCAGCAACAACAUAACUUGUAAAGUUGUAUUCCCUGUUUUGAAUUACUGUUGUCUAUGAUUCGAUUGAUUUUAUGUUAAAAAAUGAUUUGGACAGAUGUUUAUGUGACAUACGUCACGUACGUAAUAAAAUACCAAACAUGAAA